AAAAAGUAUAAGCACUCCCAGAUGCAUUAUAGUACUUUCCGAGUUUAAGAGGGGUCAACGAUAGUCUGAGACUGGAUUUCGGAUCUGUUACUACUCUUCUCUAAUGGCGGAUGCAAAAUGAUUCUAAUCGAAGCUGUUUAUAACAAAGUAUAGAUAGAAGAAACGGCUGUACAGAAAGAAACUUGUUAAUCUGCCGGAUUUUUCCAAGAUAACAAACGAGAUUCAGCCAAAAUAUCAACUUUCCUCACCCCCUCUAAAGCUUCCACAUGGACCUUAUCCUCAUCCUCGCUGGAUAGGAAGGUUUGAAACGUCAAAAUGGCUGGCAACAUAGUUCAAGUAGUUGCUGCGGCAGUCCAAGCUGUUGCUAAUGUGGGUGAUGCUGGUGCAAGUUUGGGGAGCCUAGCAACCACGGCAGUUAAUGCUAAACCAGCAUUGAAAAACAGUCAUUCGCGUAUGGUAGCAAAGAUGAUUAACCUACAUAAAAUCAGACGUAGCGUAGAAGAUCAUUUCCGGAUAUAUUGGUUUCCACGGAAGCGCGUUGAUUUGUGGUUAAGUGAGGUGGAAAGAAUUGAACUUCAAGUAAUGGAGCUGAAAGACAAGUUUUCAGAAUUCGAUCAAACUUGGGGUAUUCAUCCAUACGCAGCUUUGACCGAGGAAAUUAAUGUAAUGUGCACAGAAAUAGACGAAGUUCUCAGAGAGGGAAAAAAAAUGGAGGACGACUUGGUAAAACCAGAAACAAGGCGUAUUGUUGAGUUGGCUACACCAAUCAGUAUUGCGAAUGUUUCACCACUCAAUGAGAAACUAGAGCAACUAUUAGAGUAUCUGAAAGAUCAAAGUUACGAUACAAUCAGAGUGCAUGGUGUCGCAGGAACAGGGAAAAGGGUACUAAUCCAGCAUGUGAACAAUCAUGAAGCAAUCGCUAAUAAAAUGUUUGACAUUGUUCUUUGGCUGCCAGCUUCGGAUUACGAAAAUCAUGACAAUGAUUAUAGCAGAGAGGUUCGUGUUCAACAUAUUAUUGCUAGAAGAUUAGGAUUGGAUCUUGGAGAUAUCACAGAUGUCAAUGUCUUAGCAUCCAAAAUACGCGGAGAGUUGGAUGGUGCAAAAUAUAUGUUGUUAUUGGAUGAUCUGAAGUCAAAUAUUGAACUUGAGACUAUAGGUAUACCAAGGAAUAAAAAUGGUAGCAAAGUAGUCUUCACAACAUACUUACGACAUGUGUUUCCAUUUGGUCCCUUGACUCGAUCAACUCAAUUCUUCAAUAUAGAAAUAAAAAAGUUAAGUGAGGCUGAUUCAUGGCAAAUGUUUGAAGAUAUUUUGAUUAACGAGAAUGAUACAAUACAACAACAUGAGAUUGGAACUAUUGCUCGCAAAGUAGUUAAAUGGUGUGAUGGUCUUUUCUCUCUCAUUUACAUAGUAGCACAAAACUUCAAAUCAAAAAGAUCCCCGCAAAAUUGGAGCGAUGGAUUGCAGAUGUUAAGAAGGCCAGCUAAAAUGGGAGACAUAUAUAAGAAAGCCUUGGAAAGUUUCUUGAACUUCAGCUAUGGUGGCCUAGAAGAAAACCAAAAGCUUUGCUUUCUCUUUACUGUUUUAUAUCCAGAAGGCAGCAAAAUUCCUAUAGAUUGCUUAUUUGAUUGUUGGACAACUCAUAAAUUUCUUGUACACGGAGCUCCCGAGAGUUCAAGUGUGACCGCCCAAGACAUAUUGGAGCAUCUUUUAGCAAUGGCUUUACUUGAUGAAGGUUCGAAUAAGCAAUAUGUUACCAUUGACAAAGUCUUUAGGACAGCAGCAAUGGAACUUUUGCAAGAACGUAAUCAAUACAAAUAUCUAGUAGCAGAAGAAGCACUUGAAAAGCUAAAAAAUGAUAAUUGCAAAGAUACACAUUGGAUCUCGUUAAGUGGUAGUGAAAUUGAUGAUUUACCUGAUGAGGUAGAUUGUCCAGAGCUUACAACACUUUUCCUACAAAAAAAUUCAAAGCCGGAAACCAUUUCGAGUUCAUUUUUUAAGAAAAUGAAGGAUUUGAUUAUUUUGGACCUGUACAAGACAGGAUCUGAAAUGAUGAUCCCUAUGAGCGACUUGCAAAAGCUUAAAGUGCUUUAUGUAAAUGGUUCUGCUAUGUUAAAAAAGCUCCCUUUCAAAAUCGAGGGUCUUGAUCAUAUGCUUGAAGUUCUUGAUAUACGUGAUUGUAUAAUGAACGAGCUACCACGAGAUAUCAAAAAGUUAAAGCAUUUGAGGCGAUUGAUGGUGUCUAUCAAUGGAGGUGGGACUCUUCAUCCUAUUAUAUGUGAACUCUCUUCGUUGAAGGAAUUGAUCUUAGAUGUGAAAUCAGAUGUCCACAUAAAUAAAGUGAUCGAAAAUAUCAUAGAGAGAAUUGACACUUUGAGGGAAUUAACUACACUUAAAUUUUGCUUACAAGAUGACAUUGUAGAUGUCAUUCAAGUUAGGGGUGAUACUUUAAAAAUCUUCGUUCCAAAACAAAGUAGCCUUCAACACAUUUUGAAGGAAAGAAACAUCCCCUACAGUGCACUGCAAGUUUAUAUUGGUGUCCAAAUGACUCCAGACCUUGAAAUUCCAAAGUCUUUCCACAAGUAUGACAACUUUGUACUAUCUUGUGAUAAGAUAGUCACUGAACCUGUAAUUGAAAAAGUGUUGUUGAAAGUUAAUGCUCUCAUCAUGAUGAAAGACAAUUCCGUGGAGCAUCUAGAUCCAAUCAUUGUGCCUCACCUUCACGGUUGUUUGGUUCAAAGAUGCAACAAAAUUGAAACUCUUAUUCAAACUAAUGGCUUCUCGAACCUUGAGACUUUGGUUCUAAGUAAAUGCUUUCAGUUAAAAGUCUUGUUCUCAAAUAAUGUGGUUCAACAGCUUAUAAGUCUCAAAUACCUCGAGAUAAGAGAUUGCUCAGCUAUUGAAGAGAUCAACAUGUUAUCAACUAAUGGUGGUGAUAUUUUACCAACACUAGCAACUCUCGUACUUCACGAUCUGCAGAUGUUGAAGAAAAUAUGCUCAGAUAUGAAGUGGCCCUCGUUGUGUACCUUGGAAAUACACAAGUGUCCAAACCUGACAGAACUACCUCUCAAUGAAAACAGUGCAAAGAACCUGCGUAACAUCAGAGUAGAGAGGACGUGGUGGAGGAACAUGGGAUUGGGUGUUGAGAUCAAACAGAAAUAUGAGCGAUGUUGUAAGUUCAGUGCCUGACAUGCCAGUUUGUCUGUCCGAGGUAGUUAGUUUGAAAGAUGCUACUCCAAGUAUUUUCCUUGUUGUCAAAGGAAAAUAUUUUGGUUGAUUCGAAGUUUCAUAUUUUCGCUUACUUUGGUUUUCAAAUCAGCUUUCAUAAUAGGUUGUAUUUGUGAUAUAAAUUUGUGUUGGUAUUAUCUGUUCAUGUUGGCAUGAUGCGUACUGAAAUAGUAUUUGUAUUUUCAAAUUUGUGGUCACAACCUUGUCAAAGUUGUAAGUUUAAGUGAAUUUUUAUAACUCAAAAGUUGUGAUUUUAGUAUUAUCUUUUCUUAUUUCAAUAUCUGCUUUAAUGA